UUCCAUUAUAUUUUUGACUUUAUACAAAAUAUUGAUUAUUUUUAGUUUAAUGUUAUUCCUAAAAUGUCUGCAAUAUUUAAGAAUUCUAAGAAAAAGGUCUCACAGAUGGAACUUCGUAAAUUUAUGAAUGAACACAAAACUAAACAAAAAGCCAUAAAGAAGAUUAUAUCACCACUAGCUAAAUAUAACGAUCAAGAUCAGUUAACUUGCGUCUUAUGUAAAUCAAUAGUAAGGUCAGAAGCUGUAUGGACAGUUCACGUGAAUGCAAAAGUACAUAAACAAAAUGUAGAAAUAGCUAAGGAAUUAAAAGAAAAAACAAAUAAUUUUACAACUUUAAAGAGACGUUUGACUCCUCCUUUAAUUGAUGCUUCAGAAAAAAAGAUUAAAAGCAUUCUAAAAAAUUCAAAUAAUGUUGAUCAAGAUGAAAAUAAAACAAAUUAUAUUAAGAAUGAUCAUUUACCAGAUAAUUUUUUUGAUGCUAAUGAGAUUAAAAAAAAUAAUACACCUGAUAAUAAAAGACCCUUUCAUAAAAAACAUGAAAUGAUGGAAACUGAAGAUAUAUCAGAGAACAAAGAUGUUUUACCUGAAGGUUUUUUUGAUGACCCUAAAUUAGAUGCUAAAGCUAGAAAUCAAGAGUAUAAAAAUCCUAUAGAAGAAGAGUGGGAAAAAUUUGUAAAAGCUAUAAAAGAAGCAGAUAGUGAAAGCAGUGCUAUUAUUGCUGAGGAUCAAGAAGAAGCCACAAUUGAGAGACAGAUUGUUGAAAUUGAUGAACAGAUGAAAAAACUAUCUAGGAAAGAUGGCGCUAUCAGUGCCAAAGCUCAUAUUUAUUUUAUGUUGGUAGUCAAGAAGAAGAAGCGAGGUGCUGUUUUGGAGUAUCUGCAUCUGGCCGAAAUUAGAAGUGAGGAAUUCGUAGAAAUAAUCACUAUAGGAAGUAAGAACACGGGCAGAAGAAAAAGGAAAAUGGCGGAAAAACAGCAAAAUUUGUUUUAUGUAAAACCAUUUGACGGAAAUUUCUAUUCAAAUUGGGAAUACCGAGUGAAGCUUUUACUAGAACAACAGGAAGUUUUAUAUGUUUUAACGGAAGAGCAGCGUGAACAAACAAAUACAAGUGAAGUAGCCAAAUGGAAAAAAGCUGAUGUAAAAGCUCGAACCAUUAUUAUUCAGUGUUUAUCUGAUAAUAUUUUAGAAUCAGUAAAAACUAAAUUAUCAGCAGCAGAGAUUAUGAAAAGUUUGGAACAUACAUAUGCCAAGAAGGGAAUCUCAACUCAAGUAAUGUUGCAGAAAAAGUUAAGAGGGCUAAAAUACAUAGAAGGAACUCCAUUAAGAACAUUUUUAACAGAAUUCGAUAAUACAGUUUCUGAGUUAAAAACAGCAGGAGGAAAAAUGGACCAGGAAGAAUUAAUUCUGCAGUUGCUCUCUACAAUGCCAGAAUCUUUUCAAAGUGUUACUACUGCUAUCGAUGUUAUGUUCUGUCAAAAUCAAACGGCAAUUGAUAUAGAGUUUGUUAAAAACAAAUUACUCAUGGAAGAAGCCAGGCAGGAAAAAGUAAAAGAAGGAGGUUGUCCAAAUAUGACAUUCGUAUCGAGGCACGGAAGAGGAAAUUGGAAAAACUAUGGAAAUUUUAGGGGAAACCAGAGGGGUAACCUAAAUAGAGGCGGUAGUAUGUCAAAUUCAAAUGCGAACUCGGGAAAUCACGUGGAAAAUUAUGGACAUUUCCCUUUUAAGUGUCAUUUAUGUAAUAAAGUUGGCCAUAAACGUGCAGACUGUCAAAUGAAUAAAGGUAUGCGAGGAAGUUAUAGUGGUCAAAGAGGCGGUUUUAUGAAAAGAGGAAAUGGAAAUGCUUAUAGUGCUCAAGAAAGUACAGAAGAAGGAGAUACAGAUGGACAUAUCUCAUUUUUAACCAGUGAAUACUCAAUGUUAACUGCAAAUGAGAACAAUAUAAGUUUUGUUAUAGACAGCGGCGCAACAAAUCAUUUGGUUAGGAGUGACUUAUUCAAGUAUUUGAAGGACAUUAAGAAUAUCGAUCAUAAAAUAAAUGUGGCAAAACAAGGGCAGACAAUGGUGGCGAAAUAUCAAGGAAGUUUAGAACUUGAAUCGGAAACUGAAAAUUAGAGGAAAAUGGUCUGGAACUGAUAUUUGGUAAAGGACGAGUAAAGAUUAUGAAAAAUAAG